UUCUGAAUUUACGAAACGGAGAAACUCUUCGGUCUUCAUCGUCGUUUUUUCUGAAUUUAGGAAAAUGGAGAACAAAGUAGCAGCAAGAAGAUUUGAAGGCAAAGUUGCGAUUGUAACUGCUUCGACUCAAGGCAUCGGUUUUGGCAUCGCGGAGCGCCUUGCUCUGGAAGGUGCCUCGGUCGUCAUCUCCUCUCGCAAGCAGAAAAACGUCGACGAGGCCGUUGAAAAGCUUAAAGCUAAAGGAAUAAAUGUCUUCGGAGUCGUUUGCCAUGUUUCCGAUGCGCAGCAGAGGAAGAAUUUAAUCAACGCCACCGUCGAGAAAUAUGGAAAAAUAGAUGUGAUUGUAUCAAAUGCCGCUGUAAAUCCGGUAAAUGUACCGCUGCUGGAAACCAAAGAAUCUAUCCUCGACAAGUUAUGGGAAACAAACGUCAAAGCAUCCAUACUUCUGCUCAAGGAUGCAGCUCCCCAUCUGAAGAAAGGUUCAUCGAUUAUUUUUAUUUCAUCAUACGGUGGUUAUCAACCUCAGCCUUCUAUGGCCAUGUACGGGGUUACUAAGACCGCCCUUCUUGGUCUCACCAAGGCUCUGGCGGCUGAGUUGGCCCCAAAUGUCCGAGUCAACGCCAUAGCACCUGGUUUCGUACCAACCCGAUUUGCAGCUUUCGUAACAGCGAACGAAGCCACGAAAAAAUCCUUUGAGGAUAUAACGCUAUUGAAAAGACUAGGCACACCAGAAGAAAUAGGAGCUGCGGCUGCUUUCUUAGCUUCGGAUGACGCUUCUUACGUUACAGGGGAAAUCUUAAUCGUGGCCGGAGGAACGGCUUCGAGGCUCUAGUUCCUUGCACAACACAAA